ACCCCCGGGACUGCAGAGCUGGGGGGGCGCCCGAGUUGCGAGAAUCCGGGUUGCCCGCGAGACCAGGAGCGGGCGCCCAGGAUGGGGUGCGUGAAGUCCAAGUUCCCUCUUUCAAGAGGAGGCAAGCUUUCCAAAAAUGAGCCCAGCGCCACCCCACAUUGCCCCAUGUACGUGCCGGAUCCCACGUCCUCGGGCAAGCGGGUGAGUGGUGCGGGUGGGGGCCGGGGAGAACAAGGUACGACAGGUUCUGAGGACGUCACUGUGAUUGCCCUGUAUGACUACGAGGCUAUUCACCACGAAGACCUCAGCUUCCAGAAGGGAGACCAGAUGGUGGUCCUGGAGGAGUCUGGUGAAUGGUGGAAGGCACGCUCUUUGGCCACCCAAAAAGAAGGUUACAUCCCAAGCAACUAUGUCGCUCGCGUUAAUUCUCUGGAGACAGAAGAGUGGUUCUUCAAGGGCAUCAGCCGUAAGGACGCGGAGCGUCACCUCCUGGUCCCUGGCAAUGUGCUGGGCUCCUUCAUGAUCCGGGACAGUGAGACCACCAAAGGCAGCUACUCUUUGUCUGUACGAGACUAUGACCCUCAGCACGGGGACACAGUGAAGCAUUAUAAGAUCCGGACCUUGGAUGGCGGGGGCUUCUACAUUUCCCCACGGAGCACCUUCAGCACUCUGCAGGAGAUGGUGUCCCACUACAAGAAGGGGAGAGACGGCCUCUGCCAGAAGCUGACUGUGCCCUGCGUGUCCUCCAAGCCCCAGAAGCCAUGGGAGAAAGAUGCCUGGGAGAUUCCCCGUGAGUCCCUCAAGAUGGAGAAGAAGCUUGGAGCCGGGCAGUUUGGGGAAGUCUGGAUGGCCACUUACAACAAGCACACCAAGGUGGCCGUGAAGACAAUGAAGCCGGGGAGCAUGUCAGUGGAGGCCUUCCUGGCGGAAGCCAACCUGAUGAAAACCCUGCAGCACGACAAGCUGGUGAAGCUGCACGCAGUGGUGACGGAGGAGCCCAUCCUCAUCAUCACGGAGUUCAUGGCCAAAGGAAGUCUGCUGGACUUUUUGAAAAGUGAAGAAGGCAGCAAGCAGCCCUUGCCCCAACUCAUUGACUUCUCAGCCCAGAUUGCAGAGGGCAUGGCGUUCAUCGAGCAGAGGAACUACAUCCAUCGAGACCUUCGUGCUGCCAACAUCCUGGUCUCUGCCACCCUGGUGUGUAAGAUCGCUGACUUCGGCCUGGCCCGGAUCAUUGAAGACAACGAGUACACAGCUCGCGAAGGGGCCAAGUUCCCUAUCAAGUGGACAGCUCCAGAAGCUAUCAAUUUUGGCUCCUUCACCAUCAAGUCUGAUGUCUGGUCCUUUGGUAUCCUGCUGAUGGAGAUCGUCACCUAUGGCAGGAUCCCUUAUCCAGGAAUGUCAAAUCCGGAGGUGAUCCGGGCGCUAGAGCGUGGCUACCGGAUGCCUCGGCCCGAGCACUGUCCAGAAGAGCUUUACAGCAUCAUGACACGCUGCUGGAAGAACCACCCGGAGGAGCGGCCCACCUUUGAAUAUAUCCAGAGUGUGCUCGACGACUUCUACACAGCCACAGAGAGCCAGUACCAACAGCAGCCCUGA